UGCUGGAAGGCGACCCCACCUCCGUGCGGAGGUCAGGAGUACUUCCGUCGGAGUGGCGAGCGGGCAGAGUGGCGAGCGGGCGGCCGUGGCCGCGGUGAGGGGCGGUGUCUGGAUUGCGGGGCUUCCUGCAGGUGAUGUUUUAGUCAUGUCAGAUAAGGAUGCUACAGAGACCUCAACGGUAACAGAAGCAACCCCAAUCCUUAAAGAUGGGAACUGUGAGCCAGCCGAGAAGCCAGAGGAUAAGCCUCAGCCUGUAGCAUCCACUCGGAAAAGACCAGAGACCAAUCCUUCCAGGGACUUCGAGGCUUCCCAGCUUCCUGCUGAGGUGUCACAGGCUGUAGCCAAAGAGACUGUUUCUAAAGAUGCAUCCCAGACUGGAUGGGGUUACUGGGGCAGCUGGGGCAAGUCCCUGCUCUCCUCAGCCUCAGCUACAGUGGCCACAGUAGGACAAGGUAUUUCAAAUGUCAUAGAGAAGGCAGAGACUUCUCUUGGAAUUCCUAGCCCCACUGAAAUUUCAACUGAAGUCAAGCAAGCAGCAGGAGAAACAAAUGCCAGUGAGAUUGAAAGCUCACCAGUGGCUGGGCCUUUCGGGAUGCUCUCAACCAUCUCAACAGCAGUGCAGAGCACGGGCAAGAGUGUUAUCAGUGGGGGUUUGGAUGCCUUGGAGUUCAUUGGAAAGAAGACAAUGGAUGUCAUAGCAGAAGGGGAUCCUGGAUUUAAAAGAACCAAGGGCCUGAUGAACCGAUCUACACUGUCACAGGUUUUACGAGAGGUGAAGGACAAAGAAGAGCAGUGGCCCGCCAAUGAGGUAACCAUGGAAACAGACAAGAAAACUCAUUAUGGGCUACUCUUUGAUGAGUUUCAAGGCCUUUCACAUCUAGAAGCUCUGGAGAUGCUUUCCCGAGAAAGUGAAAUAAAGGUGAAAUCUAUCCUUAGUUCUCUAAGUGGAGAAGAAUUACAGACCACAAGACUUGAAUUAGAGCAGCUCAAAGAAGCGGUUUCCCUAGUGGAGUUCUGUGAGGAUGACGAGGAGGAGAGACAAGGGGAUGAAGAGUUUACCAAGGAGAUAACAGAACUGUUUGCUCAGCUUCAUGUCUCAUCCAGACCAGAGAAACUUGCCAGGGCAAGAAAUACAGCCUACGAAUGGAUCAGAACAUCUCUGGUUAAGCCAGUAACAGAGAAAGAAGAAGGGGAAAAACAGCUGGAGACAGAAAAUACUGAGGAGGCCAAAAGAAAUUCAAUAGAGGAUAUUCAUGCAUUUGCAAUCCGGAGCUUAGCAGAAUUGACUGCCUGCUCAAUUGAACUGUUCCACAAAACAGCGGCGUUGGUUCUGCAUGGCCAGAAGCAGGAGGUGACAGCCUUAGAGAGGAGUCAGACGCUCUCCCAGUUGACAGUCAUGUUGUGUAAAGACCUGGGCUCUCUGUCUAAAGAGUUCACCACCUGCCUCACCACUGCUGGGGUCAGAGAAAAGGCGGAUGUUCUUAAUCCAUUAAUCACUGCAGUGUUUCUAGAGGCCUCAAACAGUGCCUCCUACAUUCAAGAUGCCUUCCAGCUUCUCCUGCCUGUGCUGCAGAUCUCUCUUAUCGAGAGCAAGACAGAGUCACCCAGGGGUGAGCUGCCAGCCCAGAGUCUUCUGAAAGAGCACUGAAGAACCAAGAACAGUUUGCCUGAGAUCAUGAAGGCUGAGAAACCCAACUUUCCUCAGGGAAGCCCUGCAACCAGAACAUGACGUUACUGAGUGUGUGAAACCCAGACGGGCGCUGGCUCACAGGGCGCAGGCUUACAGGGGUGCCCGGGGUGUCUGCUUGUCUAUGUGGCCGAGACACUCAGGUCCUACACUGCUCUUCCUAGUCUUAGAAGUAAUAAAUUAUUUGAAAAGACAUAUUUCAGGAAAGUCAGUGGGACAUUCUGGCAAAAAUGCUGGACUUUCUUAGAAAUAUCAGAAAACACUAACAAGUUUGCCAUGGAUGUAAUUUGUAGUCAGUGGGUUUUUGAACAGGAGAGAAUAAAACAUCAAUUUGGUA